CCGGGGCUGCUGCGGCGGUGGAAGCUGCCCUGGGGUGUGGGGAGCAGCCGCAGCGGGAAGGAGGGGCUGCAGCGGCUCCCCGUACAGAAGGCGGGAGGGCAGGGCGGCCUCUGCCCAGCAUGGUGGAGCAGCUCGGGGGCUCACCUGGACCCCGCAGCAGCCGCGAGAUGGGAAAAUAAAUCCGGCUUUAAGAAAUGUCACAUCACAUCCAAAAGGAUAACAACCCUUCAUGCUGAUAUAUUAAGGGCUGCAAGCAAAGACACUCCUCUGUGCUGUGAUGCUUCGCCAGGACAUUGCUGUGAUCAACCUGUGAGAAGAGGCACCUUCUCCAUGACAACAUGUCAGCAAAAGAACAGAGCCCCCGUCAUGGUGCAAAAUCCCGUAGUGUGCAGCGGGCCUCGACAAUUGAUGUUACCUCUGACAUGCUUGCUUUGUCUUUGGCCGGAAAUAUUCAAGAUCCAGAUGAGCCAAUUUUAGAAUUUAGUUUAGCUUGCAGUGAGCUGCUAACUCCGUCGCUAGAUAGAAAGCCAAAUAGUUUUGUAGCAGUGAGUGUAACCACACCUCCUCAGGCAUUCUGGACAAAACAUGCUCAGACAGAAAUUAUUGAGGGAACAAGCAAUCCAAUCUUUCUAAGCAGUAUUGCCUUUUUUCAAGACUCUCUUAUUAACCAGAUGACACAAAUAAAACUUUCUGUAUACGAUGUUAAAGAUAGAUCUCAGGGAACUAUGUAUUUAUUGGGUUCUGUGAUGUUUACUGUAAAGGACCUACUUCAGGAGAGGAACCAUCGGUUGCACUUAACACUAAGAUCUGCUGAAAGUGACCGCGUUGGCAACAUUACAGUCAUAGGAUGGCAGAUGGAAGAAAAAACGGACCAAAGGCCUCCAGUUACCAGAUCUCCUGACACUAUCAAUGGAAGGACUGUACUUCCUGUUGAUGAAAGUUUAACAGAGUCUUUAGGAAUAAGAUCCAAAUAUGCUUCAUUACGGAAAGAUGCAUUGUUGAAAUCUGUGUUUGGAGGAGCUAUUUGUCGAAUGUAUCGUUUCCCUACCACUGAUGGGAACCAUCUGAGGAUCUUGGAGCAAAUGGCAGAGAGUGUGCUGUCCCUCCAUAUUCCCAGGCAGUUUGUGAAGCUGCUGCUUGAAGAAGAUGCUGCCAGGGUUUGUGAGCUUGAAGAGCUUGGAGAGCUGUCUCCUUGUUGGGAAAGUCUUCGUCGGCAAAUAGUUACGCAGUACCAAACAAUUAUUCUAACUUACCAGGAAAACCUCACAAAUCUGCAUCAGUACAAAGGUCCAUCCUUUAAAGCGAGCAGCUUGAAAGCUGACAAAAAGCUAGAAUUUGUGCCCACUAAUUUACAUAUACAACGAAUGAGAGUCCAGGAUGAUGCAGGAUCAGAUCAGAAUUAUGAUAUUGUAACAAUAGGAGCUUCGGCAGCCCACUGUCAAGGUUUUAAAUCUGGAGGUCUACGGAAAAAGCUACACAAAUUUGAAGAUGCAAAGAAACACACAUCAUCCAGCUCCCAGUCAAUAGUGUACAUACCACAGGAUAUUAUUCGAGCAAAGGAGAUCAUCGCACAGAUCAACACUCUGAAAACUCAAGUUAGUUACUAUGCAGAAAGACUUUCCAGAGCCGCCAAGGACAGAUCCUCCAAUGGGCUUGAAAGAACGCUUGCCAUUCUGGCAGAUAAGACACGGCAGCUUGUCACGGUCUGUGAUUGCAAACUCUUGGCAAAUUCAAUCCAUGCACUGAAUACUGCUAGACCAGAUUACAUAGCUUCAAAGGCCUCUCCAACCUCUACAGAGGAAGAACAAGUGGUGUUAAGAAAUGACCAAGACACUCUGGUGGCCAGAUGGACAGGAAGAAAUAGCCGAUCUUCUCUGCAGGUGGAUUGGCAUGAGGAAGAGUGGGAAAAGGUUUGGGUGAAUGUUGACAAAAGUCUUGAGUGCAUUAUCCAGAGGGUGGACAAACUUCUCCAGAAAGAACGUUUGCAUAGUGAUAGCAGUGAAGAUGUUUUCCAGUGCGAUGUCAGCUGUUCUAGCAAGAAAGAUUGCAGUCCCACUCCUGAAGAAUCAAGCCCAGGUGAAUGGAGUGAGGCUCUUUACCCACUGCUGACAACGCUCACAGACUGUGUGGCCAUGAUGAGCGAUAAGGCAAAGAAAGCGAUGGUCUUUCUUCUGAUGCAAGACAGCGCACCUACGAUAGCUCUUUGCUUGAGCCUUCAGUAUCGUCGGGAUGUUGUUUUUUGCCAAACUCUGACAGCCCUUAUCUGUGGCUUCAUUAUCAAACUGAGGAACUGCCUGCAUGAUGACGGAUUCUUGAGGCAGCUGUACACCAUUGGUCUGCUGGCACAAUUUGAAAGCCUUUUGAGUACUUAUGGUGAAGAGCUGGCAAUGCUAGAAGACAUGAGUGUGGGGAUAAUGGACUUAAGGAAUGUAACAUUUAAAGUAACUCAGGCCACAUCAAAUGCAUCUGCUGACAUGCUGCCAGUCAUUACAGGAAAUCGUGAUGGGUUUAAUGUGAGAAUUCCAUUGCCAAGCACCUUAUUUGAUGCCCUGCCCCGUGAGAUUCAGAGUGGCAUGCUGCUGAGAGUUCAGCCUGUGCUCUUCAAUGUGGGGAUCAAUGAACAACAAACCUUAGCAGAGAAGUUUGGGGACACCUCUUUACAAGAAGUGAUUAACAUGGAAAGUUUAGUACGGUUGAAUUCCUAUUUUGAGCAGUUCAAAGAAGUUUUGCCUGAAGAUUGUCUACCUCGAUCUCGUAGUCAAACGUGCCUGCCUGAACUGCUGCGGUUUCUGGGACAGAAUGUACAUGCAAGGAAAAAUAAGAAUGUUGAUAUUCUUUGGCAAGCUGCUGAGAUUUGCCGCAGACUUAAUGGUGUUCGGUUUACAAGCUGUAAAAGCGCCAAGGAUAGGACUGCCAUGUCGGUGACUCUGGAGCAGUGUUUAAUAUUACAGCAUGAGCAUGGAAUGGCUCCUCAGGUCUUCACACAGGCCCUGGAAUGCAUGCGGAGUAUUGGAACACGGGAGGUAGUCACCCAGAAGAACUUGUGUGGCCUGGUGCCCAUCCGGGAUUUCAGGCUAGACCCCAGUCUUCUCUACUCUAUUCCUUUGCUAGCUCUAAGCCCCAAUUUACUGAUUGUGUGGCUGUUUCUGAGCAUUGCAUACCUGGUGGCCAGAUUACGUUGCAAAUGAAGAUGAAUUUUAAAAGCAAACAAAGCAAAAAUCCAAUGAAGUGCCAGAAUAUUUAUCACCACCUGGUACCUAUUUUGUCAAAAGAAUGUGUCAUAGCAUUGUCUGCCAAGAAUUAUUAUUAUGCCUUACAAUUUUGUGUUUCUAUUGUACUAAACUUGUAAAUACACAUCAAAUUAUUUUAUGAAAAGGAAUUGUAUUGAACGCUUAAACUGUUGUUACACUUUCAGUGCUUGUAACAUAGUCUGACAGCAGCCUGUUACCUUGGUACUUUAGCUAUCCUGAAGAUUAGUUUCUCUUACCAAAUAUUUUUUCAGGCAUCCAAAUCAUCUGUCUCUCUCUCUUAUGCAGUUUUGUUUCCAAAGUUUCAUGUACUCUAGAGAAAGGUAUCUAAAAAGAAU